AUGUCGACGACGACGGAAUCGGCGAUCGUGCAGUCAGAAGAAGACGAGCUUUUCCGCGAAGGCUGCGCCUUCGAGGGGGCUGCGGUGGUUGCGCUGGUGAAAGAAGACGGGGGGAUCCACGUUGGCGGAGCGGAAGGCGGGGAAGGCGGAGAGGCCGGGGAGGGGAAAGCUAAGACUAUGGAAAUUAUGUUAGACGACGGCGUGCUGUUUACGUUGGAGCUCGAUUCUGGAGAGAAACGGCUAAUGGAGCUCGGAUACACGCAAGACCUGCAGCGGUCCAUGGUGCGACUCUAUAACGCCACGGCGUAUCUGAACGGCGGGCCGGUGUGCUGCGUGUGGUUCUGGUGGAUCACUGCCUUCUUUGCCCACCUGCUCGCCCUCUCCUUUGCUGAAAUCGCCUCCUCCUUCCCUACAGCUGGCUCGCUCUAUUUCUGGGCGGCUGCUCUCGCCGGCCCAAAGUACGGCCCCUUUGCAGCAUGGAUCACUGGCUGGUUGGAGUUCGUGGGGUUGUCAGUGGGGGUGGGCGGAGUGGCGUUUGGGGGAAUGAUGGGGGUGGGCGGAGUGGCGUUUGGGGGCAUCCAGCAGAUCAUGUCGCUCGUCCUGCUUGCCACAGGUGGGUGGGCGGCUCCAACGGUGGCGGAUACACCUUCCCAGACUGCCUGCAGCGGCUCCAACAGUGGCGGAUACACCUUCCCGGACUACCUGCAGUUUCUAGCGUGUGUGGCGCUCAUUCUCAUGUGUGCAGCCAUCAACGUGCUUCCCAUCAAGCGCGUGGGGCAAGUGCUGGCAAUUGGAACGGUGCUGCAGAUCCUAGUGGCUUUCGUGUUUAUAAUUACUCUCCCUGCUGUUGCAAAGACACACCAGCCAGCAUCGUGGGUGUUCGGUCACUUUGAGGUGCAAUACAGCAUCACAGGCAUCCCCAACGGGGCCUACGCGGUGGUAGCCGGCCUCCUCAUGUCGCAAUACGCGCUCUACGCAUUCGAUGCAGCAGCGCACACGUCAGAAGAGGCGAAGCGGUCUGACGUAACGACUCCCUUUGCGAUGAUAGCUGCCCUCUCGGUCAUCUGCUUUGUGGAGUGGGGCGUCAUUGUGGCCCUCACAUUCUGCAUCCAGGACCCGGAGAACUUGCUUUCAAAGGACACGGUGACAGGCGGGGAUUUCACGGAGGUGCAGAUUCUCUGGGAUGUGUUCUAUGGCAGGUUCGGCAGUGGCGCGGGUGCAUGUGUCUUCCUGGGUCUCUUCUUCACCUCCUUCUUUUUCGCCACCAUCACUCUCAUCCUUGCUGCUGCCCGUGUGGGCUACGCCUUGUCUCGCGACCGCGGGCUCCCUUUAUCUUUUCUCUGGCGCCGAGUGAACUCCAGCAAGGUGCCGGUGAACGCCAUAGCGUGCACCAGCGCCAUCGCCAUUAUCUUCCUCAUGCCGCUGCUCGGAGGCUCGGUGGCCUACUUUGCCGUCACAGGCAUGGCCACCGUGGGGUGGUUCGGCGCUUACGGAGUGCCUGUGUUCUUUCGGAUCAUUCAGUCUGAUCAGGACUUUGCUCCGGGGCCUUUCUUUCUUCCCAACUACAUCGGGCACACGGGCGGGGGUGGUUUGGAGACAGAGGGGGCGGUAGCAGACAGAGGGGAAGGAGGGGAAGAGGAGGGGAAUGGUGGGUGUUUCACUCCUUGCGCUUCUGUUUGGGGGAGUCUGUCUGUCACCCACUUUGCCGUCACGGGCAUGGCCACCGUGGGGUGGUUCGGCGCGUACGGAGUGCCGGUCUUCUUUCGAAUUUUCCAAUCCAAUAAGGACUUCGUUCUGGGGCCCUUCUUUCUGCCCAACUACAUUGGGCACACGGGCGGCAAAUGCGUCCACAUCCUGGCUCUCACAUACGUAGUCUACACCAUGGUUGUCUUCGUUAUCCCGACCGAGUAUCCCGUAACGGCGGAGAAUUUCAACUAUGCUGCCGUAGGUAUUGUGGUGGUGGUGGCUGUGUUUCUUCUAUGGUGGUUUCUUGACGCUCACCGGUGGUUUAAAGGCCCGAAGAUUGCUAAGCAAGAGGACCAGGUGGAUGCAAAGCCGCAGGAGCAACAGGAGCAAUACCAGUCACGUCAAAACGCGACUGCUCAUCGAGUGAAUCCCGACUCCACCCAUCAAGAAGCAGACGCGAAUGCCUCUCCCGAAUUCUCGCUGACAAUACCGACCCACUCACAGCCUGCUGACGUGGCGAUUGAAAAGUCUGGUGACGUGGCAACUGACGUGGCAGCUGACGUGGAAUCCGACUCGGACGAGGUUGUAAGCAAGGAAGCCGCGAUCGGCGGCACGCUGGCCGCGGGAGCAUUGAUAGUAAGCGUCGUCGCGUCACUUGCGCUACUGGGAUAUUACUAUAAGGACGACAUUUCCAGCGCGAUUGACUACUUCACAACGUACAUCGAGGGAGCGGGAUCCGGGGGAUAUGUGACGUUCGUGCUAGGGUACUCGCUUCUCGAGGUGCUCGCGGUUCCGGCUAUUCCGCUGACGCUGUCCGCCGGUGUGCUGUUCGGCCCGGUCAUGGGCACGUUUCUCUGCAGUCUCUCCGGCACGAUCUCCGCCACAAUCGCGUUCCUGAUUGCGCGGUAUGUGGCGCGCGAUCGCAUUCAAGAUAUGGUGCGAGGCAACAAGAAGUACGAGGCGAUCGACCGCGCAGUGGGGAACAACUCGUUCCGCAUCGUCACUCUGCUGCGCCUCAGCCCCCUCAUGCCCUUCUCCCUCGGGAACUACUUUUACGGGCUCACUUCCGUGAAGCUUCUCCCAUACAUUUUCGGAACGUGGAUAGGCAUGCUGCCAGGCACGUGGGCGUAUGUCAGCGCCGGAUCCUUUGGCCGCUCCCUUUUGGAGGCGGAGAGUGGGAGUUCAUUGCUGGGCGACUCAUCGCUCUAUUCGCUGCUGGGUGGGGUGGCCCUCACAGCCUUUGCCGCCACUUAUAUCACCAAAAUCGUGCAGGAUGCUGUGAAGGAAGCGGAGUAG